AUGGGGGACAGAUCGAGCCCCAGCUUCGAGAUGGGCAACAAUGCCACGGUCAAAGCCGACAAGGACAUCAAAGUCUCUACCACUGCAGAACCAGACUCCGGACGAAGCUCAACACUCAAUUACCAUGAUAAAGAUCAAUUGGAGCGUAUGGGAAAGAAGCAGGUCCUUCGCCGCAACUUUGGCUUCUUGUCUAUUCUAGGUUUCAGCUGCACCAUCCUCAUCACAUGGGAAGCUAUCCUCGUCCUCUUCGCCCAAGGUCUCAACAAUGGCGGCACAGCCGGUCUCGUGUAUAGUUUCAUUGUCGUAUGGAUCGGCAACUUCAGUGUCUUUUCUACCAUGUGCGAGCUGGUCUCAAUGGCACCUACUUCUGGGGGACAAUACCACUGGGUCGCCAUGAUGGCACCGCGAUCGUGUUCCAAAUUCCUCAGCCAUCUCACAGGCAUGCUUACGGUCGGCGGCUGGCAAGGAUCCGUAUCCUCGAGUGCCCUUCUUACGGGAAACAUGAUCUUGGGAAUGGCGACCAUGAACAACGAGUCUUUCGAGCCUCAACUUUGGCAGGGAACACUUCUAUUUUGGGCCAUCUUCUUGUUUGCUGUCUUUAUCAACACCCUCGUCAGCUCGGUGCUGCCCAAGUUUGAGGGUCUCAUCUUGAUCCUGCACAUCCUUGGUUUCUUCGCCAUUCUUAUCCCGCUUGUCACUCUUGGGCCUCAUGCUACUGCUUCCGAUGUUUUCGGCACUUUUGUCAACAAUGGCGGUUGGUCUACGAAUGGUGUCUCGUUCAUGGUUGGCAUGAUGGGAAAUGCCUUUUCCUUUGUCGGCACUGAUGCUGCCUUUCACAUGUCCGAAGAAACCAUCAACCCCUCCGUCGUCGUCCCCACCUCCAUCCUCCUGAGCCUUUGUAUCAACGGCAGCUGCGGUUUCGCCAUGCUCAUCGCCAUGGUCUUUUGCAUGGGCAACGUUGACGACGCCUUUGCUUCGGGUCCAGGCAUGCUCGGGUUCCCCUACAUGUACAUCUUUGAGCAGGCGACCAACUCCCGAGCCGGUGCUACCGUCAUGUCCGCCAUCAUCGUCAUCCUGGCAAGUUGUGCGACCGUCGGUAUGCUCGCCUCCACUUCCCGUGUCUUUUGGUCUUUUGCUCGUGACCGUGGUCUUCCUGGGUGGCGAACACUAUCCAAAGUCAGUGAUCGCACUACUGUCCCCGUCUACUCUGUUCUCUGCACCGCCGCUAUCUCGGUUCUGUUGUCUCUUAUCAAUGUCGGGUCACCUGUGGCGUUCCAAAACGUUACCUCGCUUUCCAUCUCCUGCCUUUACUCAUCAUACCUUAUCGCCGCCGGCCUUCUUCUGUACCGUCGUCUCACCAAGGGCUUUGCUCUUCCUGGAACCACCGAGCUUCCGGCAUUGGCCAACACCACGGGCGCCGAGCUUGUCUGGGGCCCCUUCCAUCUUAAAGGUGCUCUCGGUAUUGCCAACAAUGUUUUUGCCAUCUGCUACCUGAUAGUUGUCGGCUUCUUCAGCUUCUUCCCUCCCAUGGUGGACCCCACUGUUGACAUGAUGAACUACAGCGUUGUUGUUACUGGUGGUCUUGUCAUUUUCAGUGUUGUGUACUAUUUUGUCUGGGCGAGAAAGGAGUACAAUGGACCAAUUGUUGAGAAUUAA